GAGAAUGAGAAUGUCGAAAGAACGUGUGCUCAUAAUAUAUCUCCCAAGAGCAACAAGAAGAGAAAUACCGUACCUAAACGUGCGAAUGUGGAUGAACGUUAGUAAAUCAUAUGCCUAAAUAUUUUAUUACAAUACAAAGUUUUAUUUCUCUUUUCUUCAAUUUUUAGAACAAUUUUUUCAAAAUAUUGAAAAAAAGAGCGUUGCAGGAACAUCUUCUAGUUCUCAACUUCAACAAAGUCAAGACUGUAAAGAUCAGGAAGAAGAUUAUCAAGAAAUUGAAACACUCUUAAUGGAUAAUCCCAGACUUCACAUGAAUUCUCUUGUAAACCAACUCAAUCAUUUUGGAAUUCCGGAAACUCACAUUACUCAAAUUAUGGAAUCCUCGUAUAACCUGACAGAAUCUAUCUUUGAUGCCAUACUUUUUUUUCAUCAACGGGACAAAGCUUCACAAGAGAUGUUAGAUAUUAUUAAAGAAAUUCAUCUCAGUGUAGAGUCUGCAUAUAAUAGUGUGAGAAGCACAUAUUUAAGAAAACAGCUGUAUUCAAAGACGCAAUUUUACGUUCAUCCAGAAAUUAAGGGAUUACAACCUGACUGUAAGCUUUCUCCAAAGCAAAAUAAUUUUACUUACGUAUCAAUAGUUGAAACUUUAAAAAAAGUAUUAGAAAAUAAAGAUUACUUUAAUGCAGUUUUUAAAUCAAGUGAAAAUCAAGUCAGCGAAGAUAUCAUGACUUCUUAUAAAGAUGGAUUAAACUAUAAAAAAACGACGAAUUUUCACAAAGAUGAGUAUAAUUUGUUUAUACAAAUAUAUACCGAUGAAUUUGAAUGUGCAAAACACUCUAGAUUAUCUAAAACUAAACUUGGAGCAAUUUAUUUCACUUUAAAAAACUUACCAGAAUCAGUUGCUUCGAAAAUUGAAAAUAUUUUUCUUGUGGCUCUUUAUAAUUGUGAAUAUAUAAAAAGAGGAUCUGACCGUUCAUUUAAUGACAUUUGUAAACCAUUGAUGGAGGAAAUACUUUCUUUAGAGAAAACUGGAAUACUUGUAAAUGACCAUGUCAUAAAAGGCACAAUAGUGUCAAUUUGCAGCGACAAUUUAGGAGCGAACCAAAUUCUUGGAUUCGUAAAAUCUUUCAACAAAACUCAAUUUUGUCGCUUUUGUGUAUUUCCCGAAAAAGACUUUCAGAAAGUGUUUCAUGAAAAAAGUACUCGAAUUCGAACGAUGAAGGAUUACAUUGAAGAUGGCCAGAACAACACAAAUGGCGUAACACAUCGAAGCAUCUUUGCCGAUCUUACUUAUUUCGAUAUGUUUGAAAUUCUGACAGUGGACUGCAUGCACGACUUUUUGGAAGGAAUUUGUGCUUUUACAAUGACUAGUUUUUUAAAAGAAGCAAUGAAAUUCGACAAUAAUGUAAUACAAAAUCUAAACGAAAGGAUAAAGCACUUUUCUUAUGGAGAAGCAUUCAUUAGAGACAAACCAAGCCCCAUCGUAUUGGAUAAAAGUAAUCUUGGUCAGCAUGCAGCACAGUGUUGGUGCCUCAUUUCGCACUUCCCAUUCUUUAUGGAUGGUAUUACACCAACCACUUGCAAAGAGAAAAUGGAAGUUAUUUUUCAAUUAUUAGACGUGAUGUCAAUUGUAUUUGCGCCCAAAAUCAGCACUGGUCAGAUUUCAAUACUAGAAAUUCUAAUUUCUGACUUUUUAGAAAAUUAUACCACAUUUUUCGGACAUAUGAAACCAAAAUUUCAUUUACUUAUUCACUAUCCUAAUGUGAUACGCCGACUAGGACCCCCGACAACUUUCUGGUGCAUGAGAUACGAAUCCAAGCACAGAUUCUUCAUUCAAAUAGGAAAAAGGAUCACUUCAUUCAAAAACAUUUGCUACACAUUCGGUCUUCGGCAUCAGCAACACUUUACAGAGAAGGGGCUUAUUAUGCAAAAUGAAGUAAUAAAAGGUCCAGAAAAAAAAAUUCCGGCGAUUGAACUAAAUUGCAAAGGCAUUGUUUUGACUUCUCUUAAAAUAAAUUCUCAAACGACUGUGAACAAAUAUUCGUGGAUCCAAAAUAAUUUCAAACACAAGUUAGGAUCUUUUAUUUGUCAAGGUAUUGAUGAAAAUAAUGACUUUCCAAAGUUUUGCGAAAUAAUUGAUAUUUUUUCGAUUAAUGACGUCAUUUACUUUGGUGUGAAACUUUGGUCGACAAAAUAUUUUGAUAGAAGCCUCUAUGCAUAUAACGUAAAAGAGACAAAAGAUUUAGGUCUCCUAAAAAUGACUGAUUCGUUGCCGUAUUCAUUUGACGUUUAUUCUAAAUCAAUAGGCUAUUUUAUAAUUACAAAAUUCAAGUUAUUCUAAAUUGUAAAUAAAAGGUUAAAAAAGUUUUGGAAA